UUUUACUUUUGCGGCAAAAGACUCCCGAAAGUGAUGAUAAUGUUUUAUUAUCUUAAAGAUCGUCUUAUGCAUCGGAAAGAAAGGGUAGCUUUUUAACAAUAGAUUUCAAACAUUCAACAAUAUCAAUUUCUCUAAAGCAGUCUGCCCAAAUCAGUGAGGACAACUUCGGAAAUCCCUCCUAUUUGAACAACUUAAUUCCUAAGAUUUACAAGGUUGAAGAAGCGGUGUUAUCCCUGUAAUAAUGACUUUUGAAUCUCUGCGAAAUUAAUCUGGGAUUUCAUUUUGCCAUGGUUUAGUUUUAAAACAGGACAUUUUCAUUUUAGAUAAACCAUUUUUCAGGCGUCCACAUUUGGAAGAUUUGGGCUAAUAGAGGCCUACCCCAAAGGAAACGUAUAUUGUUUCGUCUGUUGGUCGAUUUGAGCAAAACUUUGCAUUAUUAGGGGUCUUGAGAGCGUGAGCAUUGAGGAUAUUUUUUUUGACAAAACCAUCACAUUUACCUAGUCUCGGUUAUGUUAGCAGUGGGGCAGAUGGACGGGUCCCGACAGAGCGCAUUCCUGCUAAGCACCGCACCUUUAGCGGCUCUGCAUAGCAUGACGGAGAUGAAGACCCCACUCUACCCAGCCUACCCAUUAUCUUCCACCGGUCCGGCCUCUUCUACCUCACCUACUGCCACCUCUCCAAACCCCGGUGGCAUCCAGAUGUCCUCACCGGGGAUCAAAACAUCCUCCGGAAUGUCAUCUCUCGGAUCGCUCCAUCAAUGCAUUGCGCUAGGCACACCUCAUGGAAUAAACGACAUCCUCAGUCGUCCUUCGGUCCUUGCCCCAGGAGCUGCUGCUGCCGUUGCUGCGUCCUCUUCUGCCGGAAUCUUGUCCGGACUGCCCCGCUUCAGUAGCUUGAGCCCCCCGCCACCCCCUGGACUCUACUUCAGUCCCAGUGCUGUGGCAGUGGCUCGCUACCCCAAGCCCUUGACAGACCUUCCAGGCAGGACCCCGAUAUUCUGGCCAGGAGUCAUGCAAAGCCCACAUUGGAGAGACGCCAGAUUCGCAUGUUCACCGCAUCAAAAUUCUAUACUGCUUGACAAAGAUGGAAAAAGAAAGCACACACGUCCCACCUUCUCUGGACAGCAAAUAUUUGCCCUAGAAAAGACUUUUGAACAAACGAAAUAUCUGGCUGGACCGGAGCGAGCACGACUGGCCUACUCGCUGGGAAUGACAGAGAGCCAAGUAAAGGUGUGGUUUCAAAACCGAAGAACGAAAUGGAGGAAACGCCACGCGGCUGAGAUGGCUUCGGCAAAGAAGAAGCAGGAUUCGGAGACGGUGAGGCUGAACGGGGCCUCGGAGAAUGAAGACGAUGAUGAUGAUUAUAACAAGCCGUUGGACCCUAACUCAGACGACGAGAAAAUAACACAAUUACUGAAAAAACACAAACCAAACUCCUCACUCCUUAUUAAUACAUCAGAAAACGACAGUUCGUAGACAGACACGGGAAAAAAUACUUUUGAUGAAACAUUUAAUCGUGGAACUGGUGCAGGUUGUGUCCCUUUUUUUCGUACAAAAUUUUAAAUGAAUAAGUUUGCACGAGGACGGAGGAUCAAAGGAAUAGACGCAAUUGUGUAGUCUGGAACAGUGGCCAAAACAUGGACACAAUUUAUAGAAGUUUGAACAUUACGAAGAUGAUACUUACAUGUAAAUAGAAACGUGAGUUGUAUUCAAUAGAAAUUAUAUUACUGUGAAUAUUUAUGUGUAAAAAACUUUUUUUUGUAUAGAAAACACUGCUGAGUCUCUUCCUCUUAGUUGUUCUGACGUCUGACAUCGUUACAGCUUUGUCAAUUGCAAAAAGCAUAGCCUAUAUUUUCAUGUUUAGUUUUGUUUUUGAAACUUGACAUAUACAUUGCAUUUCAUAGUGAAGUAAUAAGAUCCACCUGUUUGUAGGGCCCAAUUUUCAACCAUUAGGGCCUCCCCAAAAAUAUCCGAACAAGCUUAACAGGCAACCCCAUUGGGUCUGUGGACUAUAAGAAUCUUUUUUUAUAUAUAUUUACAAAAUAAAUGGAAAUGAAAUUAGCCACAUAUUUUAAGUGUAAAGAAUACCGGUUGUGACGCAAUUGAAGUACAUUUGUAAAAUAAAUGCACAUUGUGUGUUUCUCUAAUGGUAAAAUGGUUUCCCCUCACACUUUACUUAAUUUACAUAAUGUUUUAAGUUUGUAACAGUGACUGAAUCCUGCAAAAAUGUGUAUCGCGGGUUCAUAUGUAAUGCACUUUAAAAAAAUAAAUAAACGUUGCUUUACUCUGGAUAUACAUAAAAUAAUUAAAUUGCGUUCUUGGCAGUAAUCACCUGAUGGAGGACAUAAAGGGAGAAGCAUAGGAGGAAGCUCAAGUAUUCGAUUUCAUUUCGUUUUAUUUUAUCUACCUAUCAAUUUAUAUUUGUGCACGCUAACGAAAGACACCUGAAUGUAUAAUAUUAAUAUGUAAAUAUAUUAUAUUUGGAGAUAUGAUGGUUACUAUUCAUCUCAAUUUAGGGGUUAUCUUUCUUAGCAGGGCGACGUAAAGUGUUUUUCUAUUUGUUUAUGCAAACAUUUCAUAUGUAUGAUGAUUAUGAUAAUUAUGAUUAUUAUUGAUGAUGAUUACAUUAUGCCACUAUUCCUUCCAAGACAUGCGAUGAUAUAGGAACAUCUAUUGCUGCCUAUAACCAAGCUAUAAUAACAACAAUAACAAUACUGAUUAUUUUUAUUUAUAAUUAUUAAUAUUUAUAAUAAAACUAUAAUAGCAUUCACUCUCCAGUGCUUUUAUCAAAAAAUAUUCUGCCCUCUCCCUAGAUUACUGAAUCACAAAAUAUAAUUUUGAAUAUCAAAUAAGUAAGCCUUGACCACAGAGGGUCUAUUGACUUGCAUUUACAGCAUCGCAUAUCGUCCAUAAUAAUGAAUUAAAAUUGUGUAUCUGGCUGAAAUUGUUCUUUGUGUGAUGGGGUGAAGAUAUGUACGAUGGGCAGAAUGUGUUUUAACAGUCACAGUUAAAACAUGGCCUGAAAAGUUCAUAAUUAAUUUAUCUGGCGCAGAAUCUAGAAAAUUCAUUCUGCAGUGUCUGUGCGUCUACAGAUUCGCGUGAUUACAUCAGCAUGUUUAAAAAAAAUUGGAAAUCCCUCAACCGAUGUACAAACAGUUCAAGUAAAUAUUUAAUUGAUCAGAUGUGGAUCGAAGAUGCGGCUUUCGCCAGGCAUAGGAGACUGACUCACUGUUGGUAAAUACUGGAUUUAAGACUUUAGUGAGCAGAGUCUGUGAAUAGUGUCAUCAAAAUGUGGUCUUUAUGAUAAGUCUAGAGACAAAUGCUCAUUUCUAAAUCUAAUCUGCAGUUGUAUUGUACAUUUGCAAUAUAGUAGGCCUAAUAGCAGGCCUUCAUCUAUACAAUGACAAUUUUGAGAGAGAAAAAAAGUCAGUUCAUAAAACUGAAAAAAUACAACGAUUUCUCAGAUAGAUAUGAUUUCGAAUGCAGAAAUUGUUAGUUGCUCCAACGUAAGCCUCUACGAAGUACUUGCUACCAGACAGAAGGACCUGUAUCGUAUAGAUGAUACAGUACACUACUGAGGGCAGUCACGCAGUAAAAGGCUUGUAGAUUUGAAAGGUACGCCUAUGCGCACCAGUAGAGUCUGCUAUUUGUAUCAUCAAUUUAUUCCGGGUAGGCCUUUAUUGACUUUCCUAGUUAAAUAAAGGUUCAUAUAUAUUCCUAAUAGACUACUUGAGGCAAAAUGUCAGAUCAAAAUACAUGUAUUGAAAUCCUGCAGUUGUGCUACAUCUUCAAGAGAACGUGGACAGAGUGACAACUUAGUAAGCCAAAAUACACUGCCACCACAUUUUUAACACGAUGUUGAUUGAUACAAGUAGGCUACAAAAGCCGACAAUUAUGAUUUGUAUGUCUCAAACGAGAAAUAUUAUUGUGGCAUAUUUAAGAACAUAUUUUAGAAUUGAAUUCCUGUGUAUAUUUGAUGCCAUUUAUUAACAGCACUAGGGCAUAACAGGAAUGCAAUAGUUCCAACCUUCAUGUUUCAGUUUCACGCAUGCGCCUCUCCAAGUAUUAUAGGCCUACUUUUACAGAUGUCCGGUCGUGUUGGAGGAAUAGUCAAAUAAAAACUGCACAGGUAAACACGGUUUUAUAUUUUCACUGAAAUGAUGUCACUGUCAAAUGACAACACCAUGAAUACGUGAAACAUCGGGGCCGUUCAAGAGUCGUCACUGGUUACCACAGCUACAAGUCAUAAACCCCGCCUAUUUCGACAAUUUCUCUUAUUAAAAUGUGAUUUUAAAUAUAAGUGGAUUUAACAGGUGACAUCAAUAAGGCAUCAUAGCUUUCAACUGGAUUCACCUGGUCAGUUUGUCAUGGAAAGAGCAGGAGUUCUUAAUGUUUUGUAUAAUGGUGUAUAUAUAAACUCAGCAAAAAAAGAAACGUCCUCUCACUGUCAACUGCGUUUAUUUUCAGCAAACUUAACAUGUGUAAAUAUUUGUAUGACCAUAACAAGAUUCAACAACUGAGACAUAAACUGAACAAGUUCCACAGACAUGUGACUAACAGAAAUUGAAUAAUGUGUCCCUGAACAAAAGGGGGG